UCGAGAUGUUUUUGCCCUCUUCUGUGAGUCACAUGAGCCUCUCUCUGAUCUCCCAUGACUCUUUGUAACAAAUAACGGGCGGGGACGAAGGCGUGAAGGGGCAGAUGUCCUGUCAUUGGGUUGCACAUUUCCCACAGCAUCCUGCUGUUCGGAGGUAACUCAGCCCUUCCUGUGGCCGCUUUUGUCCACCAGCUUGCUGCGUACGCAUUCUACCCGCUGGAGCGUCACCUCAGUGCCGCCGAGCAUCGCGCAAACACCCGGCAUCAGCGGCGGAGCCCCGAAAUAAGGAGUUCACCAGCAGGAAGUGGACGAAGCUGAGCGCUAUGCCGAACGAGCGCUCCCGUCUGAUCACCUCGGGUGUCUGUGGGCUGACUCUCACCACAGCAACAUGUAUCACAGCAUCGGACUCCCCCCAGGAAUCGGGCUCUGGGAAAACAGCUCAGGACCCGCGGAGACUGAACACCUUCUUUGGUGUAAUGGUGCCGACCAUCCUCUCCAUGUUCAGCAUCAUAUUGUUUCUGAGAACAGGGUUUGUGGUGGGUCAUGCGGGGUUGCUGCAGGGUCUUUUAAUGCUGGUCGUUGCCUACACCAUCAUAUCUCUCACAGUAUUGUCCAUCUGUGCCAUUUCCACUAAUGGAGCUAUUCAGGGCGGUGGGGCCUAUUACAUGAUCAGUCGCUCUUUGGGACCUGAAUUUGGAGGAAGCAUUGGUUUGAUGUUCUUUCUUGCCAAAGUGUUUGCUUGUGGAGAGUAUGUCCUGGGUCUUGUGGAGGCCAUACUAGAUUUAUUUGGAGCAGAUCCUGAGUCCUCUGUGUCUGAAUGGUGGCGGGUGCUCCCUCAGGGUUACUGGUCCAUAGUUCUGUACUCCUCUGUUGUCCUCCUGCUUUGUCUCCUUGUGUGCCUGGUGGGCGCCCACAUUUACUCUCGCACUGCCUUCCUCAUCCUGCUGGUGGUCACCGUGUCACUGCUGUCCGUCUUCAUCAGCACUGUGGCAGUCAAACCGAAAGACUUUGUCAUCUCCCACCAGGGGCCUGGUAACCAGACGCUCCACUACAAUGCCAGCUACACGGGUUUCAGCGCCACCACCCUGAGGAACAACCUGGGCUCCGGUUACUCUUUGGACUACAGCACCAACUCCGUCAUGUCGUUUGCCACUGUGUUUGCUGUUAUGUUCACCAGCUGCACUGGGAUCAUGGCUGGAGCCAACAUGUCAGGGGAACUGAAGACUCCAAGUAUUUCCAUCCCUAAGGGCACCAUCAUAGCUGUCUUCUACACCUUCACCGUCUACGUCCUCCUCUUUAUCUUUGUCAGCGCCACAUGCAACAGGACCCUGUUGAUUCAAGACUAUGGGUUCUUACAGCGAAUUAACAUCUGGAAACCAUUUGUUGCUAUUGGAAUAUACUGUGCCUCUCUGUCAGCUGCAAUGUGUGCCAUGAUUGGAGCUUCCCGCAUUCUCCACGCUCUCGCUCUGGAUCAUCUGUUUGGGUUGCCCUUGGCCCCAGCUACAGUCACAUCUAACUCUGGGAACCCAUGGGUGGCAGUGCUGUAUACAUGGGGCUUGGCACAGUGCGUGGUGUUUGCAGGGCAGCUCAAUGCUGUAGCAAGUCUGGUGACUGUUUUCUACCUGCUCGCUUACGCUGCUGUAGAUCUGGCCUGUCUGGCUCUUGAGUGGGCAUCUGCUCCAAAUUUCAGACCAACCUUUCAGCUCUUCUCAUGGCACACCUGCCUGCUGGGGAUCCUCAGCUGUCUGGUCAUGAUGUUCGUCAUCAACCCUGUGUACUCCUCGGGCAGCAUUGUCAUCCUGCUACUGCUCCUGCUUUUCCUCCACUACAGGUCACCCACAAGCAGCUGGGGCUACAUCAGCCAGGCUCUCAUUUUCCACCAGGUGCGGAAGUAUCUAUUGAUGCUGGAUGUGAGGAAAGAACAUGUGAAGUUCUGGAGGCCCCAGGUCCUGCUGAUGGUGUCUAACCCACGCUCCUCCUGUCAGCUUAUUCUGUUUGUGAACCAGCUGAAGAAGGGUGGACUGUAUGUUUUAGGUCAUGUGCAGCUUGGAGAUCUGGACUCUAUGCCAUCAGACCCUGUCCAGACCCAGUACAACUUCUGGCUGAGCCUGGUUGAUAAACUUGGGGUGAAAGCCUUUGUAGACCUGACGCUGUCUCCGUCAGUCAGACAAGGGACACAGCAUCUGCUGCGCAUCACAGGACUUGGUGGCAUGAAGCCCAACACGCUGAUUUUGGGUUUCUAUGACAGCUCCACGCCUGAUGAUUUCUUCCUGCAGGAUUCUGCCUUCUGUCGCUCAUCUGUGGAAGAAGGCAAGGGGGAGUAUAAUUUUGGGGUGGACCUGCCUUCGCUGCAGGCCCAUUUCCCUCCUGUCCGGCAUGUUGAGAGCCCCCGGUGGCUGUCGCCGGAGGAGUAUGUGGGCAUCAUUUCCGACGCCAUUAAGAUGAAUAAAAACGUGUGCCUCGGCCGGUAUUUCUUCCAGCUGCAGGGAGAAGGUAAAGACAGCAAAGUUGACGGGUCUGAGCGGACAAUAGAUGUUUGGCCUCUCAACCUGCUGCAGCCGGGCAGCCGGGACUACCAGGACGUGUGCAGCCUCUUCCUGCUGCAGAUGGCCUGCGUCCUCAACAUGUCGAGCAAAUGGCGUCAUGCAAGAAUGAGGAUCUUCCUAAAUGUGGAGACGGGCUCCUGUGACCAGGGUUGGGUGGUCAACGAAGAGACAUUUCGGGAGCUGCUGAGGAAGCUGAGGAUCAGGGCAUCUAUCAAAAUUGUGCCGUGGGACUCUGUGGUGCAGCAUUACGCUCUGCCAGAGGGGGAGCGCUGCGGAGAACCAACGCCAGGUUUAUCGGAGGACUUCCUGUCUGCAGUAAACUGCAUGUUGAUGGAGCACAGCUCUCAGGCUGCUGUUCGCUUCCUGUAUUUACCUCGGCCCCCUGCUGGUCGCAACCAGUCACAGAACUACUUGGCUCACCUGGAAGCAGUGACCCGUGGUUUAGGGCCUACUCUGUUGAUUCAUGGGGUCACCCCGGUCACAUACACUGAUCUCUGAGCCUGUUUGGUCUCAUUCCAUGAUGUAAAUAUCACAAAGUUGUAAUUCUCUGUUUACUUAAAUCAUAGUAGUACCAAUUUAGCAUAUAAUAUUAUCUAAAAAUGCUGCAGUAUUUAUUUUGUUUUCCAUCUGGAUUUUUUUCUUUGUUUAGAAAAAGGUCCACAUUUAAGUGCCACUAACGGUUUAGUAGGAAACAUUCCUAUUUUUGUAUAACUGAAAUGGCUUUGUCCUUGAAGCAGAAAAUGGCUUUGAUAAUAAAUUUACAUUCAUUAUAUAUUUCCUGUAGCCCCACAAGAGAAAUAAACAUGUCAAAAUACAA